AUGGAACUUAUGCAGCUGAAACAGGGUGAUACAACUAUUGCAGAAUAUGCCCGUAAAUUUGAUGACUUGUGCCAUUUCUCCAAGAUCUGCCAAGGGAAUCCUGCUGACUUUGAAGAAUGGAAGUGUUUGAAGUUCGAAGGGGGCCUUCGUGAGGAUCUGAUGAGUUCAGUAGUCCCAUUGGAGAUACGAAAUUUUGCUGAGCUGGUUAAUAAGUGCAAGUUAGUGGAAGAAUGUGCUAAGAAGGUAACUGCCUCUAAAGCAAGUCGUCAAGGAUUUCCACCAAGGAACUAUAAUAGUUACAAUUGGCAACCACGAAGGACAAACUUCAAGACACCUGGUAGACCAAGGCAGGAUAAUGGUAAACGACCUCAACAGGCACAAGUGAAUAUCGCAUGUAGGCAGUGUGGAAAAGAUCAUGGUACCAGGCCUUGCCAAAUCAGAACAUUUACUUGUUACAAUUGUGGGGAACCGGGACACUUGGCGAGGAGUUACCCAAAAGGACUUUCUCGAAAUCCAAUACGAACCCAGCAACAAGGUCGAGUGUUUGCCAUGACUGCUGAUGAUGCUAUGCAAUCAGACGCCCUGAUCCAAGGUCAGUGUAUUGUCAAAGAUCGAUUUCUAACUGUACUGUAUGACUCGGGUGCAUCGCAUUCCUUUGUUUCUUUAACUGUUGCUCGUGAGUUGGGACUAGAUUUCUCUGAGUUGAACUUUGAUCUAAUUGUCCAUACACCUGCGUCCCAAAAUGCUUUGACUAAACUUGAUUGCUAUGAAAGAACUGCUAUUAUUUCGUCUGAUAGUUUAGAUAUUAAACCAUUUCUGUCUCAUACUUUAUAUCUGAAUUCUGUAAGAGUUGCAUUAGACGGGAGUGAUUGUGAGGGGUACGUUCUGUUAGCGGCUAGCUCGAAUGAUAGUGAACUAAGCCUAGAACGAAUCCAAGUAGUAAAGGAAUUUCCUGAUGUUUUCCCGGACGACAUACCUAAGUUUCCUCCUCAGCGAGAGAUAGAAUUUAGCAUUGAACUUGUACUUGGAACCGGAUCGAUUUCCAUAGCACCGUACCGGAUGUCACCGUUGGAACUUGCAGAGUUGAAGAAGCAGUUGGAUGAGCUACUUGGGAAGAAAUUUAUUCGUCCCAGCGCAUCACCUUGGGGAGCUCCGAUUCGAGUGAAAGAAUCAGAUAUACCGAAGACUGCAUUUAGAACUCGAUAUGGUCACUAUGAGUAUACGGUUAUGUCGUUUGGACUAACUAAUGCUCCUGCGAUUUUCAUGGAUUACAUGAAUCGUAUUUUCCGUCCGUACCUUGAUCAGUUCGUAGUAGUCUUCAUAGACGACAUUCUCAUCUAUUCGAAGACAGAAAGAAAGCAUGAAGAGCAUCUAAGGACGGUAUUGCAGAUACUAAGGACUCGAAAGUUAUAUGCUAAACUAUCAAAGUGCGAGUUCUGGACAGAGAAGGUGGCAUUUUUGGGACAUGUUAUAUCGCAGGGAGGAAUUGCGGUGGAUCCUUCAAAAAUUGAAGCAGUAGUGGCGUGGGAACCACCUACGACCGUUACAGAAGUUUGGAGUUUUCUCGGACUUGCUGGAUAUUACCGGAGGUUUAUUAAAGGAUUUUCACAGAUAGCCUUGUGA